CGGCGGCGGCGGCGGGCGGGCGGCCGGGCGCGCUCGCAGGGGGGCGCGGGCCGGGCCGGGCCGGGCGCGGGCCGGGCGCGCACGAUGCCCUCGUUCGAGCAGACUCUGCAGCGGGCCGGCGAGUUCGGGCGCUUCCAGCGGCGCGUGUUCCUGCUGCUGUGCCUCACGGGCGUCACGUUCGCCUUCCUCUUCGUCGGCGUGGUCUUCCUGGGCAGCCAGCCCGACCGCUUCUGGUGCCGCGGGCCGAGCGCCGCCGCGCUGGCCGAGCGCUGCGCCUGGAGCGCCGAGGAGGAGUGGAACCGCACGGCGCCCGCGCGCCCCGGCCCCGCGCCCGCCGCCGCGCGCCGCGGCCUCGGCCGCUGCCAGCGCUACCUGCUGGAGGCCGCCGCGGGCGCCGACCCCGACGCCGACGCCGCCGGCUCGCUCAGCUGCGCCGACCCGCUGGCCGCCUUCCCCAACCGCUCCGCGCCCCUCGUGCCCUGCAGCGGCGGCUGGCGCUACGAGCAGACCCACGCCACCAUCGUGAGCGAGUUUGAUCUCGUCUGUGUCAAUGCAUGGAUGCUGGACUUCACUCAAGCCAUCCUGAACCUCGGCUUCCUGGCGGGAGCCUUUACUUUGGGCUAUGCAGCAGACAGGUAUGGCAGGAUAGUCGUUUACUUAAUAUCCUGUUUCGGGGUUGGCGUCACCGGUGUCGUGGUGGCCUUUGCACCAAAUUUCCCCGUGUUUGUGGUCUUCCGCUUCCUCCAAGGCGUGUUUGGAAAGGGGACCUGGAUGACUUGCUUCGUGAUUGUGACAGAAAUAGUCGGUUCGAAACAAAGGAGAAUUGUUGGAGUUGUGAUCCAGAUGUUCUUCACUCUUGGGAUCAUCAUUCUCCCAGGAAUUGCCUACUUCAUCCCCAACUGGCAAGGGGUCCAGCUGGCUGUCACGCUGCCCAACUUUCUCUUCCUUCUGUAUUAUUGGGUGGUUCCGGAAUCGCCCCGCUGGCUCGUUACUCGGAAAGAAGGAGAUAAAGCAUUGGAAAUUCUGAGGCGCAUUGCAAAAUGCAAUGGGAAGUAUCUUUCACCAAAUUUCUCAGAGAUCACGGUGACCGAGGAGGAGAUUAGUAACCCGUCCUUUCUCGAUCUGGUGCGGACGCCCCAGAUGAGGAAGUGCACGCUCAUCCUCAUGUUCGCGUGGUUCACCAGCGCCGUGGUCUACCAGGGCCUGGUCAUGCGCCUGGGCAUUGUGGGCGGCAACCUCUACGUGGACUUCUUCAUCUCGGGGGUGGUGGAGCUGCCGGCCGCGCUCUUGAUCCUGCUGACCAUCGAGCACCUGGGCCGGCGCCUCCCGUUUGCGGCCAGCAACGUGGUGGCGGGCGUGGCGUGCCUGGUCACUGCGUUCCUGCCGGAAGGGCUGCCGUGGUUACGGACCACAGUUGCCACCCUGGGACGGCUAGGGAUAACCAUGGCCUUUGAAAUUGUGUAUCUGGUCAACUCGGAAUUGUACCCAACAACGUUACGGAACUUCGGCGUUUCCCUGUGCUCGGGUUUGUGUGACUUGGGGGGCAUCAUCGCGCCCUUCCUCCUCUUCCGCCUGGCAGCCGUGUGGCUGGAGCUGCCUCUCAUCAUCUUCGGUGUGCUGGCGUCCGUCUGUGGUGGCCUUGUGAUGCUUUUACCUGAAACCAAAGGUAUUGCCUUGCCAGAAACCGUGGACGACGUUGAAAGACUCGGCAGUUCACAUUCUCAUCAGUGUGGCAGGAAGAAGAAUAUUCAAGUUUCCAGCUCUCACGUCUGAAGCCCCUGCGGAGCUGGAAGGACGGGGCUGUGUGGCUGUCUCCCUCCCUCCCUCCUUCCCCCUCCCCGGGAAGCUGAGCUGAAGGGCUGGGCGCUGCCGCGCUGCCCCGUGGCGCCCUUCUACGCGUCUUUUGUACCCUAGAGAGAUGCCGUCUGGAGUAUCUGUAUGUGACAUUGGAUGAGUGAGUCCUUCCACGCCGUCAUGAGGAGCGUGCGCACUGCCUUAGCGAAGCUCCUCUAGGUGCACACACACAGUCCUGCCUGGCUUUCCUCUUGUGUCGAAGCGAUGCCUUUGACCCCCUGGGUUAGAGGGAUAAGAAAGGCU